AUGAACUUUAAAUUUGAAAAAUUUGAAGAUAGUUCACCUCUCCAUGAAAUUUGUCAGGAACGUUCUGAAUCCAUCAGCAAUGAUUUUUGGGUCGAUGCUCGAAUGGAAGAAGUAGAGGAGGCUUCAAUGAAUGCUGCUAUCGAUGAUAUGGAUAAACUUGUGCUCAACAAUGACAUUCCUAACUGGGAAUUUCAAAAGGAUGAAUAUCUAAAUGACCCAUUGUUUAGUGAGAUGCUCUUUGAAGAGUCUCAGAAACACCCAAGUAUUGAUGAAGAUCCUUGUAGAUUCGGGAGCCCCAAGGAUGAGGCAGAUAGAGUCUAUGUCAUUCAUCAACCUCUUUUGAGUUCUAAAAAGACUAGAGAUAAUUCGCUAUAUUUGGAAGAAUCUGGGCCUGGAAAGGAAAUUUUCUUUUCAGAAACAGCAAAGGAAGAAAUAAUACAGAAUGCUCAAAAAGAUGAAAAUUGUGCAGAUUUUCAUGAUGAUUCAAACAGUGACAGAAUCAAUGAAGAGGAAAAAGGCUCUUCUCUGGCGAAACUUACUGAGCCUGCUAAGCCUCAAGGUGAGUUAAUAACCACUAUGUUUAAAGAAGAAGUAACUGACAUGAAGAGGCAGGAUGUGCCUGAUAUGACUAGAAAAGAAGUAUCAACCACAUCUGCACCAGACAUGCCUGCCCUAGGAAAAUUUGACAUGACAAGAGAGCAAGCACUUGAGCUCCUCCAUAAGGCCUGCAUUAAUGGCGAAGAUACAUUCGAUAAUCAGACCCCUGAAAGGUCUCAAGGAAGGCCAGAAAACAAAUACCCAAACGACGAAGAGACUCUUUUGAAGCUUUAUAAAGAAAGCCUGAAGCCGAUGAUAAAAGUAUUCAUCAAAAACAUGCACGGAAGGCCAGACUCAUUAUAAUGACAAGUCUUUUUAGAAGGACUAAGAAAGAGUCAAAUUACUUCUUAGAAAAGAACGGAAGCACUUCAGCAAGAAAGAGCAUGGUCUUCUCAAAGUUCUUCCUCAGCUGGGUCAAGAACUACAUCAAUAACUUGUGCAAGUUCCACCAUAUUGAGUCUCCGUAUGAGAGAAAGUAUUUGUUCUUCUACCACAUCGUGCUCAGCUACCCGAAAGAAAAAGUCUUGGCGGUGCUUAAUUUCUUCUUUGGUGAUCAGCCAGAAGAGCUAAACAAGUAUCAAAAUCUCUUAGAGGGAACUAAGGUUCAAUCAAAGAAGGCAAUCCACGAUUAUUAUACUCUAAACUCUUACUUCAAAAGGAUUCUGGACAAUUUCAAAUCUAAUCUAGAUAAAUUUGGAGAAGAUCUUGUUGGUUGCCAAACCUUAAUAGCUAAAAUGCUCGAAACUUACUGUAAAAUUUCUGGCGAAGUCAAGCAUGAAAUCCUCUAA